AUGUCGUCCGGCGUCAAAGUCUCCCAGGAGUGUCUGGACAAGUUCCAGGAGCUCAAGCUCGGCAAGAAGCUCAAAUACAUCAUUUACGGCCUCAACGACAAGAACACCGAGAUCAUCGUGCUCAACUCGUCCACCUCGGCCUCGUACGACGACUUCAUCGCCGAGCUGCCACCCGCGGAAUGUCGCUAUGCCAUCUACGACUACGAAUUUGAGAAGGAGGGUGCGGGCAAGCGCAACAAGAUCUGCUUCUUCACCUGGUCCCCUGAUGACGCCAAGAUCAAGCCCAAGAUGAUCUACGCCUCGUCCAAGGACGCACUGCGCAAAUCGCUCGUCGGUAUCUCGGUCGAGGUGCAGGGCACCGACUUCUCCGAGGUCAGCCAGGAGACCGUCCACGAAAAGGCCAGCCGACAGAGCUUCUAA